UUGCAGGAGGUAAUAAAAGACACGGGUAUUUGCUCAUCGAGGUGGCGUCUUUGCUGUAAUUUUAAACGAACAAGCCCCGCUCCCCCCCCCAUCACCGAGACCUGCUUAGUUUCUGCCACCAGGAAGUACCAGCAGACUCAGCUGAGCCGAGAUCUCUACUCUCUGCCCAUCUGCUUCUACUGUCUGAAGGUUUAAGCAUCGUUUUUCCUCCGCAGGUUCUGCUUUCUGUCGGAAUGUUAGGAAAACUGUUCCUGUUUUUAGUCAGUCAAAUGGCUGAGGUUUGCGACCCUUAAACCUCGGAUAAACUGCUGUGACACUAUCGGAUUGUCACGUUGUCAACUCAGAAACUCGGGAUUAUUUGGUGCAGGUCUCGAGCAUGCUGGGCUGAAUCAUGGACCCGGAAGAGCAGGAGCUGCUGAGCGACUACCGGUACAGGAGCUACUCAUCUGUGAUCGAGAAGGCACUGAGGAACUUCGAGUCCUCCAGCGAAUGGGCCGACCUUAUUUCCUCUCUGGGCAAGCUCAACAAGGCCCUGCAGAGUAACCUAAAGUAUUCCCUGCUCCCCAAGCGCCUCAUCAUCGGCAAGCGCUUGGCUCAGUGUCUGCAUCCUGCCCUCCCCAGCGGGGUCCACUUGAAAGCACUUGAGACGUACGAGGUCAUAUUUAAAAUCAUCGGCACGAAAUGGCUGGCCAAGGACUUGUUCAUUUACAGCUCUGGCUUGUUUCCUCUGCUGGGCCACGCUGCCAUGUCAGUGAAGCCGGCUCUACUGACCCUGUACGAGAGGUACUACCUUCCUCUGCAGAAGUCACUGCUGCCGAGCCUCCAGGCCUUCGUCACGGGACUCCUGCCAGGCUUGGAAGAAGGCCUGGAAGUCUACGACAGGACUGAUGCCCUUCUUGUCAAGCUGUCCCUCCUGGUUGGGCAGAAGGUCUUCUAUGGUGCCCUGUGGGGGAGUGUCCUGAUCAGUCCUGUGGUCCGUCUUCCAGCCUCCCUUUUUAUUGUCAACCACUUCAACAGAGUCGAGUCGGGGAGGAAACAGAACUACAUGCUGGGAAUGGACUACAAGCUGCUGAUGAAAUCCAUCAGUCUGUCACUGCAGGACUCGAAUGUGCUUGUGCAGAGGAACAUGCUGGAGAUCCUGUUGUUCUUUUUCCCCUUUUGCGCAUGUCUGGACCCGGAGGAGAGCAGCAUUCCCUUGACCCGCAGAGAGAUGGUCAAUGUGGUCUCGUCUGCUUCCCUGACACUACUGCGCAGAGACAUGUCCCUGAACCGGCGGCUGUACGCCUGGCUGUUGGGUACAGACAUUAAAGGUGGCAUGUUGGCCCCAGAUCCACACUUGUCCACGUCUAUGGAGGACCAUGCUGCGUACUACUUUGAGAAAUAUUCCAGGGACCUCUUGGUCCAGGCGCUGAUCAACAUUCUGAGGCAGAAGAAUGCAGAGCCUGACGUGGAGAAUGUGCAAUUGUAUCUGAAACCAUUCCGCAUCAUGAUCAGUCUGCUGGACAAGCCAGAAAUCGGUCCACAGAUCACUGGAGAUUUGCUUUUGGAAGUUAUAAGAGCCUUUUAUGGGUACUGCAAAGACAUGCUAGGUGAUGACCUCCAGCUCAGUUCCAGCCACAGUGGGAACCAGCUUUCCAGCAAAAUUAAAGAAAACAAAAAUGCCUCAGAGAUCAUCAAGACUGCGAACAUGCUGAUCAGCUCCCUGAGUACAGAAUACCUGUGGGAUUACAUGACCAGGUGUUUUGAAUCCUGUCUCAGUAUGGACAUUUCUGAGGACCAAAGCGCCACCAGGCUGAACGACAGGAGCCCCCUCCCUUCAGUGUCCGAGCUGUGCACUCUUAUCAUGUUCCUCCUCGACGUCAUCCCCUUGGAGCUGUACUCAGAGAUCCAGACACAGUACCUGCCCCAGAUGUUGAACAACAUGCUGCAGGCCCUCCAUGAACACAUGGGCAGCCUCCGCCUGCCGGAGCUCACGCAGGGUCUCAGGACGUGCUUCAAAGUGCUCAGCAAGAUCCAGAUGCCUGUGGCGUACAUGGACAUCGAGGUGGAGCCACUUGCACAGGAGAACCAGGACCUUGAAGAGACGCUGCAGGACGAGAAGCCAGAGAAGGAGAAGGAGAAGGAGGUUGAGGAGGAGGAGGAGGAGGUGGCCAAGGAACAAGAUCGGGAGGUGGUGGCGUUGAAUGGGGCGGCGGAGCCCGAUGCCGAGUUGACUGAAGAAGCACCCUACGCUCCACUGCGCUCAGAGGACAGCGGCCUGGGCCUCAGCGCCUCGCCCUCCGAGCACUUCCACAGCAAUGGGACCAGCAGUGGGGCGGCAGGAGCUGGGGUCUCCCCAGAGAGGGAGGACGUGUGGAAGAAGGGGGGCAGCGUUCAGCACAUGGCCCGCUGUGUCCAGGACAUCCUGGCAGCCUUCAUCAGCAGGUACCUGCUGGCUCCGGUGGAGGUGGAAAAGAGAGAGGCAGAGAACAGACCAGCGAGCCCUCCGAGUCAGGGUAGCAAGGCCGCGAGAAGCCCCAAGAGCUGGGAACCUGGGCCCAUCUCUAUGCCACAGUUCAAGGAGAAGCUGACUGGCUUCUUCAACCCCAGCAAGCAGAAGCAGGUGCCCCCGCAGGAGGAGAAGAAGGACAUUCCCGCGGCAGGGGCCUGGGCGACGGGAUAUGUGCCGCGGAGCAAAGCGGAGAUCUCUGACCACUGCCGGCAAGCCUUUGCAGCUACCUGCCAGCUGCUGCUGGAGUGCACCACCUUCCCCGUCUACCUGUCCGAAGAGGAGACCGAAGUCCUCUACACCGCCGUCUUCCAGGAGCUCAGCAACGGGGAGGGCAGCCUGCCCAUGUGGCUCAAGUCACUGAUGACCCUGUGCUGCUUCGUGAAGGACUGCCACAUUCAGAAUGUGGCCAUCUCCACUCUGCUGGAGCUGGUCAACCACUCCCAGUCUCUGGCGCUGGUCAUCCAGGACAAGAACCGCCGCUACAAGAGCUCCGAUAACAACCCCUUCUGUGGCAGACUGCAGAUGGUCACUGUGCCACCCAUCAAUCCCGGAGUCCUUCAGGUCAUGGCAGAGAAGACGGAUUUCUAUCUGCGUGUGGCUCAGGUGCUGUGGAAUCAGCUGAACAUGGAACACCGCGAGCAUCACAUCACCGGAGUGGAGCUGUUUUACAAGCUGCACUGUCUGGCUCCUUCCUCCAGCAUCUGCGAGGACAUCAUCUGCCUGGCGUUGCUUCACAGGGACAAGACAAACAGGCUGGAAGCACUCUACAGAUUUUCUGUGUUAUGGCACCUGACCAGGGAGAUCCAGAGCAGCAGAUCCAUGUCACUCAACAGAUCCUUUGAUAGGUCACUGUUUGUGGUGCUGGACAGCCUGAACAGCCAAGAUGGUGCCAUCAGUGCAGCUGCCCAGAGCUGGCUGGUCCGUGCUUUUUCCCUGAACGACGUGGUCCGGAUUCUAGAGCCAGUCUUGCUGCUGCUUCUCCAUCCCAGAACCCAGCGUUCGGCCAUUCACUGCAUCAAGCAGAAUCUCACUCUAGGAAACCUGAAGGUCCUAAACAGCAGGGAAAGGGCCUGUUCCAAGGACACAUUCAGUGACCUGGCAGAUAGCUGCUCGUUGGAUGAAAGCAUCCUGAGCCGGAUGACGACAGUGGACCGAGAGGCAUUAUGGGCAGAAGUUGAGCGAAUCCCAGAGAUGGUCAGGCUUUCACAGGAGCCAGUGGAAGACAAGAGGAGCGAGGACUCCUUUUCCCCGCAGGAUGACGAGGGAGAUGGGCCCGAGCUGGCAGAGGGGCGAGAGGACUGCGACGAGGACAGCGAGCAUACAGAGUCAGCUGACAGCAGUGGUGCGCAGAUCUCCACGGAGAACACCAGCUCGGCUUCUGCACUUUACCUGCAGCACCCUGAUGACAGCAAUGGCAUGGAUGACGAUGAUGAGGGUAGACCUGUGGGUGGCAGUGGGAACCCCAGGAAAGGCCAAUGUGAAAAUAGCUGCCUCCCUGCCAUGUACCGGAUAGACUCCCAAAGGACCCAAGCCUCUGAAUCGCUCUCCAGCGAUGAUGAGGAACAGGAGCUGGAGGCCAUGGCCCGCAUGAGACUUCUGAAGCGGCAAAAGGAGAAAAGGGAGAUGAUUGACUCUCUCUUCAAGCACGUACUUUUGUAUUUACAACCGUAUGACUCCACCAGGGUCCUCUACGCUUUCUCAGUCCUAGAAACAGUGCUCAAAACCAACCCAAGGGACUUUGUGGAAGCUGUGUCAACCACCAGCAUGGACACCAGCUCCACUGCCCAUUUGAACCUCAUCUACAACCUCUUGGCACGUCACCAGGAGGCCCUGGUGGGCCAGAGUUUCUAUGGAUGUCUUCAACCCCAAUCACCUGUCUCCUGCCCCUAUUCCCUGCUGAUUGAACUUCUCACCUACCUCUGCCUGAGCUUUCUGAGGUCCUACUAUCCCCGCUACCUUACGGUUAGUCACCGGGACCUGCUGGGAAACCGAGAUGUGCAGGUCAAGAGUGUGGAGGUCCUGAUACGUCUGAUGAGCCAACUUGUGAUGGUCGCCAAGUCUCAGGAAGAAAAGAACGUGGAUUUCAUAAGGAAGCUCUUGUCCAGUUGCAAGGUGCAGCAGUAUGUCCUGCUGUCCCUCUCGGCCUCCAUGUACGUCAAUCAGAAGCCCGCGCAGCCCGACAAGAGUGAGGAACUCCUGGAGGAUGGCCUGUUUGAGGAAAGCCUGAUAAACUUUGGCCAAGACCAGAUCUGGAGCGAGCACCCCCUGCAGAUCGAACUGCUCAAGAUCCUGCAGGUGCUGAUCGUCUUGGAGCACCACCUCCGAGGAAGAACCGCCGAGGAGCAGGAGGCCUCCUCUCCUCUGGCAAAAGAGUGGCAGACAGCUGUCCACUUUCAGCAGUCCAUCAAGGCCCUGCAGUACAUCCCUGCCCAGCCCAUCACCUCUCAGGGCAUGUUUGUAUCUGCUGUGGUCAGGGCUCUGCAGCCUCAAUACGGCUAUGGCAUGCACCCGCCCUGGGUGAGCCUGCUGACCAGCUCCCUGCCUUACCUGGGCAGGUCCCUGGGGAUGACCGUGGCCCCUUUCAUUGCACAGAUCUGCAAGAACCUGGAUGAACUGGUCAAGCAGUACGAGUAUGAAUCAGUGAAGACAACCCCAGGUUUCUCUUCGAAGAGGGAGAACAUCGCCCCAGAUUACCCCCUGACUCUUCUGGAAGGCCUAACUACUAUCACUCACUUCUGCCUACUGGAGACCUCCAGCACACACAGAAAGGCCCCAGUGAGCACAGAUCCCGGCGACGUCCGGAAUGCGCGCAACGCCAUCGUCGAGGAGCUCCCUCGCAUCACGAACACCAUGGCACUGCUGUGGGGUGUGCUCAGGAAGGAGGAGUCCCAGAGGAAGUCUUCGGAAGCAGCCCUGGGGACCAGCAAGAACACGUCCACCUCUGUUUACUUCAAAAGCACCAAAAUCCUGAGACAGAGAGUGCUCGAGUUUCUGAACCCCCUCACGCCCCAGUACGGGGUGCAGCUGAUGGCGGCUGUGGCAGCUGUGUGGAACAGCAGGAAGGGCCGGAAGAGCUACAGCAAAAACAAGAUUCUACCGGUACCCGGUGAACCCCAACUGACGAUCGUGGCGCUGGUCAAGGCCCUGAGUACCCUGAGAGCAGAUACCAUCCUGCAGCUGGUUAAAGAGGUGGUGAAGAAGCCUCACCAGAUUAAGGGAGACCAGAAGUCCACGCUGGUGGAUAUCCCCAUGCUCCAGUUCAGCUAUGCCUUUAUGGAGGGGGUCUCCGCACAAACGCUCCAGGAGAACACGACGCCCCUCCUCAGCCUCCUGAAGGAAUCGGUGCAGCUCAACCUGGCUCCUCCUGGCCACUUCCUGCUCCUCGGGAUUCUCAAUGACUUUGUGAACAGACUCCCCAGUCUUGACAACAAAAAGGACCAGCGGGACCUGCAGGAGGUGACCCAGAAGAUUCUGGAAGCAGUGGGCAAUGUGGCGGGCUCAUCCCUGGAGCAAACCAGCUGGCUCAGCCGCAACCUGGAAGUGAAAGCCCAGCCGCAGGUGUGUCUGGAGGAGGAGGAGGACCCCGACAUAGAUUUGAACGACUCAGAAGCCCAGGCGGCUGCGAUGGUGCCGUCCUCAGUGCCCUCAGUCUAUAGCGUGCAGGCGCUCACUCUCCUUGCUGAGGUGCUGGCCCCGCUGCUGGACAUGGUGUACCGCAGCGACGAGAAGGAGAAGGCCGUACCGCUCAUCUCCCGGCUCAUGUACUUCGUGUUUCCCUACCUGAAAAACCACAGUGCCUACAACAUCCCCAGCUUCCGAGCAGGCUCCCAGCUCCUGAGCAGCCUGAGCGGAUAUGCCUAUACCAAGAGGGCCUGGAAGAAGGAGGCCUUUGAUCUCUUCAUGGACCCUCUCUUCUUUCAGAUGGACAUCUCCUGUGUUUCCCAAUGGAAGUCCAUCGUGGAUCAUCUCCUGACUCACGAGAAAACUAUGUUUAAAGACCUGAUGAGCAUGCAGAGCAGCUCUCUCAAGCUGUUUGCCAGCUACGAGCAGAAGGCCAUGCUGCUGAAACGCCAGGCCUUCGCCAUUUUUAGCGGCGAGCUGGAUCAGUACCACCUCUACCUGCCUCUCAUCCAAGAGCGGCUCACGGAGAACCUGCGGGUGGGACAGACUCCCUUCGUUGCUGCUCAGAUGUUUUUCACCUUCCGAGUUCUCCUCCUGCGGAUCUCGCCCCAGCACUUGACCUCCCUGUGGCCCAUCAUGGUGACGGAGCUGAUCCAGGCGUUUGUCCAGCUUGAGGAUCGUUUAGCUGAAGAAGAAGAAAUUUCAAAGCACGUCAGCAAGGCGAACGGCACGCAGGCAGGGGAUGGCAACGGCCCCCUGCUCUCCUUCUCUCGCGGCGAGCUGGACUUGUAUCUGUCGGCCUGUAAGUUCCUGGACACUGCCCUCUCCUUCCCCCCCGACAGGAUGCCUCUCUUCCAGAUGUACCGGUGGGCCUUCGUGCCAGAGGUGGACGUCGAUGAGUACGCUGGCCCAGGGAGCAGCUAUGUGGAGAUGGACCCGGAGUGCAAGCCCCACGUUGUCCGGAUCAUGGAGCACCUCUACAAGAGAUAUGGGGACCUCAAUGGCGUGAGCGAAGCGUCCCGCGCCGAACUUUUGGAAUUCCCCCUGCUGACCAUGAGGUCCAUUUCCAGCAUCACCCAGCUCACGCCAUUCCUCAGGAUCUUGAGCUUCAGCUUCAAAGGUCCAGGCUCGGCCUCGAAGCCCAUGCCCGUCGUGGAGUACCCUGCUGCCCACAGCGAGGCCACCCUGAAAAAACUGGAGCAAAAUAUUGAAUGUGAAUUUCUGGAGACCAUGGACAAUUAAACUGGAAACAUCGUACGAUACUGACUCUGUGUUCCCACACUCUGUGUUGGAACCACGAUGCCUGCUUGUUGAAUCUCCUCAUAUCUGACGCAAGGUGGGUGCCUGAUUGGGGUCAGUUUCAACCAGUUCUAGUUCUGUGAAUGAAAUAAAAUGACAUUAGUAUUGAUUUGAAUUUGAACUGAAAAAUUGAUGUUGACCCCAAACCGGCCCCCAAAUUUACUAGAGUGGUUGCUUGAUAUUUCUAGAUAAAUUCGGAGAUUGCCACAAAGGGUGAAAAAGGACUUUUAACAUGUUUUAAUGGAGGUUUUCUUUCCUUUUGACUCUUACCAUUACUGUUUUUCGAAAUGCCUUGGCAAAGACAUGACAGGAGAUAGUAAACGGUCUCCUUAACUCAGUUCUGUUCCUUCGUCUUGGAUCUGUUUCCCCCACAGCAGGUAAGUUUGUUUCCAUAGCAGUGCCUGUUCAUUCCUGGGUUUAUGCCAUAUGUAAACUGCAACAUGGAAUAUAACAUACAUUUCACAGAGUGUUGAUUACGACCUUUAAAAAUUCAGCUUGCUUUAAGUUUGAACUAAAUCAAACCUUGCUGCUACACUCCACACCUGUGUUUCCUGAGUGCUGCAGGGUUAAAGGAGUGCUGGGCAUUAUUCCUCUGAAGUAGAUAAGGGCCUAUUCUGUGCUUUGUCUCUGCUGAACUCACUCUUAUUUAUUGCAUCUGUUACAAGGCUGUAUUUUACACUCAAUAUGUGUUGUUGAGAAAUUCCAGAGUUUGAAAUUCCUACAUUACAAUUGAGUUUAAAACUUGUAACCACAAACUUCAACUUGAACAGUAUGUUCAAAGACAGAUAGAUGCACUAUGCAGCUCUAUGAAUGAGCAUGUUCUGUGCACAUUGCAUGAGGGCCAAAAUGUAGUCUCACCUAGUUGUAUAAGACUAAGAAGUGUUUAGUACUGUGUUUCUGUUCUUCUCAUAAUGGCCCUCUUUAUAUCCUGCACAUUGCCUUAAAUUCACUUAAUUCUCACCUUAUUUGCUUCUGGAGGUUAAGGAGGUUAGUACAGAGAGACUGGACAUGGUGAUACCAGUUUUCUAGGAGAUAACAGGGAGAUGUAUCCAUAGGUAAUAUUUAGGGGUUUAGUGCAGCUGGUUUUUACAAGGUUAGACAGAGCUCUGUGUUCAAAACUGGAUAGAUAAAAAUCUCAUUUUAAAGGAUCUUCCCCCAAAAUUUAAACAGUUUUGCCAAUGUUAGUGAAGUGAAUUGUUGCUGCCCAUUAUUUUAUUUAAGCCCCUGGCCAACUUGGUCAUGUGGUUUCUGGGACAGUCAGUGUUUUCUUACAUGAGUAUUUUUCCUCUAACCUCUUCUAACCUUUCCUGCAUUUUUCACCACUGAUCCUACCCUCAAAUGUCUCCAAAGGGUUUGAGAAUGAAGGAACAAUGUUCACUGUAAUGAAUGCUGUAAGAACUAUUUCCUGUUUCUCAGCUCUUGAUAUGUGAAACAUCUUUUGAAUGUUUUGAUUGCCCAGCACUUUCAGUUUGUUUCAUGAUUGACAUAAGUUAGGUGUUUUACUUCAAAUACAUUUUUGAUUAUUUUUAAGUUCAUUCACUAUUCACAAUAGGUCUGCUUGUAGUGUAUACCAUAAGCAUAAAACUUCUUUAGUUAGGUCUGUAUUAAUCCAUGAAUACUGAUGUGAAAGCUUUUGCAACGGAACUCAUCGAAGAGUUUAGUGGUUGGUAGUAAAUAAUGCUUUUUGAAUAUAUAGUUUUAAAAGGAUUUUCCAGUAUUCAGAGGAAGCUAAAAGCAUUGCUGACCUCUACUUUAGGAUAUAAUGUGCAAAGCACAUAAUCGCUAACACACCAGUUAUUUCUUUAAAGGGAACUAUUUUAGCUCUUUUUCUGUUUUCUUGGGAAUGUCUGCAUUUAAUUAUUUCCUUACAUGAAUGUUACUCUGUGCAUCUUAAAAACUCUGAUAUUUAAAUAAAUGUGACCUGUAAAUAAACAAACCUGUGAACAGCAAAUUUAAUAAAAACUUAAUGU